AUGACGCGCUCAAGACGGGCCCAAGCGGCUGGGGCCGGGCGGCGGGCCAUGAGGAGGGGCGCGGCGGAGGCAGCGACGCCGCCGGGAGGCACCAUUCGCCCUGACCCCGCUGCGGCCUGGCCGCCCACGCCGGGGGCGGACUCGGCCGGCCCGCGGCCCCACUCCCCACAGCUCCCGGUCCGCACCCGCGGCCGGAACCACGUCGGGGACCUGCAGGCCGUGAGCCAGGCGACUGACGUGGUCCCGGAUGUCUUCGCCAUGCGAGUGCUGCUGGAAGAUUCCGGGGAGAUGUUCCGAGUGACAAACUGCCGCAGCAACAUGACGGUGCGGGAGCUCAAAGAGGAGCUGGAUCUAACAGCCGGCAUUCCCUUCAACCUGCAGCGGCUGCAGUACCUGGACCAAGGAAUUUUGAUGGAUGAUGCUACGCUGAAGUUCCACGACGUUAUUCCUGGUGGAAUUAUUUCAUUAUGUAUCUGGCACUAUGAUGGAUGGACGGAACUGGUUUUGGCGGCUGUGGAAGGGGAUUCCAGUAAGCUGGCUUGCCUCGGUGUUGCUGAAGACACUUUCUACCGAACUGCAAAUUCGGGGCGUUUUGACGACAGGCAGUGGAAGAAGUGGAUUUCCCAGAGAGCGUUCGUGGCCUUGUAUGUUGCCUCACACAGGGGUCACUCGGAGGCUGUGCAGUACCUUCUAGAACAUGGUGCCAACUGUCAGGGAAGAUCCCCCGUGGGCAGGACGCCCCUGCAUGUGGCUGCAGCCAUGAGCCGGCUGGACUGUAUCAGCCUCCUGCUCAACUAUGGGGCCUCCAUCAACGACAAGGAUGCCAAGGGGGAGACGCCCAUGUCUGUCGCCCGCCGCCUGAACCGUACCCAGAGCGAGCGACGGAUGUUCCUCUUCUACUGGCUGGUGAAGAUGGGGACUAAGGACCCACUGGACCCUGUGGUGAACAAGGCUUUUCAGAGAGUCAAGUCCGGGUUCGGCACCAAGAAGGAGAGCAAGGUGUAG